AUGACUGUUUUCAUUGAGUUGGCAUUUCUGACUUGGAUCCAGGUCUAUUUUGUAUCAUCCAGCUUCAACUUCAACAUUCUAUCCGGAGUGGACAAAGCCUCAGAGGAGCCAAGGCAGCUGGGCACGAUUGACGAGGCAGGUAGAGCACCAUCUGUUCAAACUCCCGCCGAAAUCUUCAGGAAGAGCAGCGGACUCUCAGGUCUGCCUGUGCUCUCAGAAGCUAUAUCAGCCGGGACAUUAGGCUCCACAGAUGCUUCAUCAGAUGGAUUCGACUCUGGUCGUCCCGGAAAAGUCAGGAAAUGGCUAUCAAUAGGGCCGUCAAGUUAUCAAAGCGAAGGGCAUUCGGAAAGUAGUAAUGAGCCUCCUUCAAAAAAGCAACAUUCAAAUCUGGAUACGACCGUUGCUUCUCCAGCAACGGACAGUAACACUUUCUGGCUGCCUUCAGUGCAAGCCCAUGGUAAAUCGUCUGGAAACUGUUAG